AGACGAUGCCCUUACCUCUUAGCACACUUGUCCGCCACCUUGCUGUUACCCUACAUCUUGACACUUCCGUCAACUCUUCCCUCAAUCAUCUCUCUCCGCUCAGCGUCUUUUUAACCGAUCUCAUCGUCUGUGACUGUAAAUCUUCCAUGAACGUCGAUAUGGUCACCGUGUUCGUGGAAAAUUCCGAUGGAGAGUUUCUGGUACUCGAGAUGAAAGGCUAUGGGACCAUGAAAGAGCUUGCGAAGAGGGCGAUAGGUGAGCUGAAGCUUCGCGUCAUCGACCACGUGGAUGUGUUCGUGGGCCAACUUGGCCUGCCAGCAGAGGAGCAGCUCGACGUACAUCAAGAUCACAGAGACGGUACUCUAUGUGUAGUUGGCGCUCCCACGUGAGAUAUUGUAUGAUUACGCGCGACCACUGUGCCUGUGCAGCAACGACAUCAUCAUCACCCUUGACGAGGGGGCAGGUAGCAGCACUGUUACCUUCAGGGGAUACAUACAGCUGGUUCUCGAUAGCCUUAGACGGCCAGGACCGAUAGCACGAGAAUAAUGGAUACACGAGCUCCGGGACAAUUUCUCGCCCAGAGUAGAGCCCCAGAUAGAAACAUGAGCGCGACCAUUUGGAGGUAUUACUGUUGAAGUGUGAAAAGUGGAGAAUUGGAACAGUCGAAGCAAAACGGAAUCAUCAAGAGAACAGGCAUAGAGUUUGGAGAAGCAGUUUACUACUUGUACUGCGUUGACCCACAUAUUUAAAUUAU